AUGGCUGGUGCUGGUGGGUUUGAGUGGUGGCGCAGGUCGAUGCAGUACCGGACCGGGCUUGGGCUGACCGCGGAGGAGAAACAGCGGUACGAGGAGGACUAUAAGAGUGUGCUUGGCGAGACAGGAGUAGUGCGUAGUUGCUACAAGAACAGGGACUGGCUGCUUAAAUACUCUCCUACGGUGGUGUUCAUGAUCCAGCAGAUCGUUAAGCUGCAGGAGAGGCAGCAACAGCGGGAUCGUCCUGUUGGAUCCACGGCGGUGCCCGGGAUUCGGUUCGAUGAGUCCCGGAUUGUGUGCGACGUUUGCGACGAGUUGAAGUCAGGAGGGUACCACCCUGAGUUCGGUGUACUGCUGUGCCAGAACCGGCUCAGGGACAAGUGGCACCUCGAGGAUACUUUGGCGCACGAGCUAGUACACUGGUACGACAAUCUCAAGUGGGAAGUCGAUUGGUUGAACUUGCGGCAUCACGCUUGUUCCGAGAUCAGGGCGUCGUCGCUCUCUGGGGAGUGCAGGUUCUGGCAGGAGUUCAGCAGGAGAGGAUUCGGGUUCACGGUCAACCGUGGGCAUCAGGACUGUGUCAGGCGUCGUGCAGUGAUCAGCGUUACCGGGAACCCGAAAUGCGACUCGCAAGAGCAAGCCGAACGAGUCGUCGACGAGGUGUGGGAUUCCUGCUUUGGAGAUACAAGACCCUUCAAUGAGAUAUACAGGUAA